AUGGGCGAAGUAACGUUUGAUAGAAAGAAAUUCAAUGAAAUCAACGACGCAAUCAUAGCCCAUUUCGAUGCUGCUCCGAUUCUUUCGCCCCGUACAAAAGAAGAGCUAAUUACAAUAUACGGAUGUCCUAAAAUGAAUGUCAAAAACCCGGAUGACAUUCGCCCUCCAUCACCUUCUGAAUCAAUUACGAAUACUCAAGAAUACCUGAAAAAGUUAGCUCGUGACGGAUUCGUCCAUAGCGUAGAUACAGAUGCUUUUGACAGAGAAAUGAUGAAAAGAAAGAAUGAAGUACUUCAGAAAAAUAAGAAAAGUAAACAGCAAGAAGAAUAUGAGAAUUCAGAUAUCACUUCUCUUGUCACGCAAGAACCGUAUCUUCAAUACUGGAUAAAUACUGACACUGUUCAAUCUAUAGUUGCUGAGAUCAACAAGUUACCACUAAGAGAAGUUCACACUAAUUUUAUUUUAGUUUCGCGAUUCUAUAAUUCAAUUACAGCAUUCGUUAGAAAAGCAAAAGCACGACAAACUAAAAAGAAGCUAUCGGAUGCGAUGCUAAAGAAGCAAAUGUAUGAUUUCGUUAUGGAAGCAAGAAAUUUGCGAAAAAGUAUUUUUGAUAAUGCAAUUAGAACUAACACAAUCAAAACAGAAGAUUUAUCACCGGAUUUACGAAAAGAAUUUGCAGAGGCAAUAAGUACCGUUGAAUUAAAGAAAGAAGAAGAUAAACCAAAAAUUUCUCAACAACAAUUAAAGAAAAUCGGUCAAGAAAAUGAAUAUGUUUUCUUAGCGCAUGCUAGAGCAACAAUGGAUAAGUUCCCUAAACCAUACCAAAUGAAUGAAGAAACAUUUUACCCUCACGAAUUAAAAUCUACAGAACAAAAAUUACUUCAAAACAUCGAAAAACUGCCAUCACUAGCCUCUGACAUCAUGCGUAAACAAUCACGCUCUGUAUCUCAGAUUAAAACACCAGUUAUUAUUCAGCCAAAAACGAAAAAAAUCAAUGUUAUUUCAAAUUUCAUGCCAAGAAACAAAGAAACUAAAAGUAAUUCUAACUCCGAUGAUGGAAUCGCCAAAGUUGAUGCAGUUAAGUACUUUCUUCAGCAUGAAGACCCAAUUGAAAAUCGAUCUGGAGAUAUUACAUCAAUUGUUGGUGAACUCCAUGAUAUGGCUGAUGUAUAUUUGGAGAUAAGAGAUGUUCAACCUGAAAAGAAUCCUUUUCCUCAUCUUCAAGUUCAAGAUUAUGUUCCGCCUAAAAUUGAGCCAAAACCGAAGCCAACAGACUCUGCUGUUCUUGUUGGGGAUACACUUAUUACGGAUACGAUAUGGAAUACUGCACAAAUGGGAGAAGAAUUAUCUCAAACAAAGGUUCAACCACAAAAUCCGGUCAAAGAAGAACCAAAGGAGGAAGAAGAAGUCAUCAUAAAUGGAAUCACAAUGAAGAAUUUGAAGGGCGCUCAACAAGCUUUGUCAAUGAGUCCAACAUUCAAGUUCCUUAUGACACAUUCCAUUUUCGGAGAAAACAAAAUUGAAGGAAUUGAAGAUUCUAUACCUGUUGUUAAGAAAUUGGAUGAAUAUUUGAAGAGAUUGGGAUAUUCGUCAUUUCAUAAACUUGAAUUGUUCAAAAAGUAUUCAACGAACACUGGAGAUAUGUCAAAGAUCGCUGAUACAAUCAACUUCUGGGAAAAUAUGGCCCUGGCUGCUGAAAAAUUUGAUAACGCAUACAGAGAACUGAAAAGCUACAUUUCUAUUGGAUUGUCAAUUGAUGAAACAAUAGGAAAAGGAACUAAACUUGACCCUCUCAAGGCAAGCUUCAAAGCUGCCUGCGAAAACCUUGAAAGCGCUGGACAGAACUUGCAAACAGCAGCGGGAGAUAUUGCUUGGGUUAGAAACCAUUCUUACCACGAAUUCAUCGAAAGAAAGAAACAAAAAAUUGAUGAGAUGGAGAAAAAAUCUCGUCAGGAAUCUGAAAAGAAAUGA